GGCGCGCUCCGGGAGUCCGGCGGCCGCGCGGACCUUGCCCCUGCCCCUGUAGGGGCGUCCUGUCUAGUGCCCGUGCGGCCGCGAGGCUCCUCUCAGCAGCCGAGGGCCGGAGCGGGGUCGGAAACGGGACGCUAGGCCGUGCAGAGGCAAAGGGGAUGCGGGACGGGGUCCCUGCAGCCGGCGCCGAGGCGGGAGGUCGGAGCCCCCAGUAAGGGGCUGGACCGGAGGAGACCGCGCGGGUGUCCCGGGGGACAACCAGGUGCUGAGGGCGAGGCUGUUGGGGGAGAUUCAGGGCAUUCUGCCUAGGCCAUGGGCGCCGUCGGAGAGUCGGGGCUCCCCUCGGGGCUCCGACCACUUGGCUUGGACAUUUCACAGGUUUGCCAUAUCCAUCUAGCCUCGAAGCCUGCAGGAUUGAAAAACGGCUUCAACCAAAUGCCCUCUUCCCUCUAAGGAGAGGGGCUGAGCCCGUCAGCCGGGGGGACUCGCGAAGGAUACCCCGGCCCUCGGGGGGUGGAAGGAGCAGAGGUUGCAGGGGGCGGCACGAGCGGAGAGCGCCCUUCUUGACCAUCAAAUGCUUCCUUCAGUGCUUCCAUCUCCGCUGAGUGGGCUUGGCUGCGCUGACCACUCGGGAGGAGGGACGGACGAUGCUCAGCGGGCUCUGAUCGUGCCGCCUUCAUGUGGCUGCUGACGGGGACCCAGGAGGGUACGGGCAUGGGGCGCAGCCUCGCCCCCCUCUCUCCCCGCCUCCCAGGCGCCGGGGCUGGAGAUGUGGAGACGUGAGGGGACCCGCGGCUGCCCCUGGUUCUCCAGGACUCCCACCAGGCACCCGCGCGUCCCCCCGCGCCCGGGGCAGGAGAGACUGGCGUGGGGCUCGGAGGCAGGCGGAAGGGCUGGCGACCAGCAGAGCCGGGGCCCCAGCCUCGCCAUGGGGCAUAACGGUAGCUGGAUUUCCCGAAACUCCAGCGAGCCGCGCAACGCGUCGGGCGCGGAGGCGGCGGGCGCCAACCGCAGCGCACUCGGCGAGUUCGGCGAGGCGCAGCUGUACCGCCAGUUCACCACCACCGUGCAGGUCGUCAUCUUCAUAGGCUCGCUGCUCGGAAACUUCAUGGUGUUAUGGUCAACUUGCCGCACAACCGUGUUCAAAUCUGUCACCAACAGGUUCAUUAAAAACCUGGCCUGCUCGGGGAUCUGUGCCAGCCUGGUCUGCGUGCCCUUUGACAUCAUACUCAGCACCAGCCCUCACUGUUGCUGGUGGAUCUAUACCAUGCUCUUCUGCAAGGUUGUCAAAUUCUUGCACAAAGUCUUCUGCUCGGUGACUAUCCUCAGCUUCCCUGCCAUUGCCUUGGACAGGUACUAUUCAGUCCUCUAUCCACUGGAGAGAAAAAUAUCUGAUGCCAAGUCCCGUGAACUGGUGAUGUACAUCUGGGCCCAUGCGGUGGUGGCCAGCAUCCCCGUGUUUGCGGUGACCAAUGUGGCCGACAUCUAUGCCAUGUCCACCUGCAGCGAAGUCUGGAGCAACUCCUUGGGCCACCUGGUGUAUGUUCUGAUCUAUAACAUCACCACGGUCAUCGUGCCUGUGGCUGUGGUCUUCCUCUUCUUGAUCCUGAUCCGCCGGGCCCUGAGUGCCAGCCAGAAGAAGAAGGUCGUCAUAGCAGCUCUGCGGACUCCGCAGAACACCAUCUCUAUCCCCUACGCCUCCCAGAGGGAGGCCGAGCUGCACGCUACCCUGCUGUCCAUGGUGACGGUCUUCAUCUUAUGUAGUGUGCCCUACGUCACCCUGGUUGUCUACCAGACCGUGCUCAACAUCCCCAACACUUCUGUCUUCUUGCUGCUCACUGCCAUUUGGCUGCCCAAAGUCUCUCUGCUGGCGAACCCCGUGCUUUUCCUUACUGUGAACAAAUCUGUCCGCAAGUGCUUGGUAGGGACCUUGCUACAACUGCACCACCGGUGCAGCCGCCGUAAUGUGGUGGGGACAGGGAGCGGGCUGGCUGAUGCCAGCCUGGAGCCCAGCAUACGCUCGGGAAGCCAGCUCCUGGAGAUGUUCCACAUUGGGCAGCAGCAGAUCUUUAAACCCACAGAGGAUGAGGAAGAGAGUGAGGCCAAGUACACUGGCUGCGCUGACCUCCAGGCCAAGGUAAUACUUAGCCCCUGCCUGGAGGGAGAGGAGGGACCACAGUGUGUGCCCCCUGCGCCACCCCUGGGCACAGUGGACUCUGUAUCUCAGGUGACACCAGCAGCCCCCGUGGAAGCAGACACACUCCCUGACAAAUACUCCCUGCAGUUCGGCUUCGGGCCUUUCGAGUUGCCUCCUCAGUGGCUCUCAGAGACCCGAAACAGCAAGAAGCGGCUGCUUCCCCCCUUGGGUAACACCCCAGAAGAGCUGAUCCAGACAAAGAUGCCCAAGGUAGGCAGGGUGGAGCGGAAGAUGAGCAGAAACAAUAAAGUGAGCAUUUUCCCAAAGGUGGAUUCCUAGCAAGGGCGGAAAAUCCCUGGGAACAUCAGGGAGCUCCCUCACUGCUGCCCUGCCUUUGUGCUGGCUCUGUGAUUCCUGGGAUCACAUGGCACCCCGGGAUGGGUUGUUGCCUCCUGCCUGGGCCAGGGGUUUUGGACAAGAGGGAAAUCUCUAAAAAAUCAAAUGUCCUCUUAAUUGAGAGAGUAUAUAUAUUUAUCCCAGUGAUCCAUGUCCUUAGUCAAGUCCAUAUUCCUCUCUGUGGAGAUGAGAACUGGGCAGUGUGGAAUGGGUCUUGGGGUAGCUACUCCAUGUGCAUUUUCUGGGGACUCCUCAGUUUUGAGGGUCCAGCAGAGAAUACACAGAAAGAAAAAUGUCCAUGAGAUCCAAGAGAGCAGGGGCACUCCAAGAGACGCCCAAGAUAACUGUGGAGCAGUGUGACCACAAAGAAAACGCCUAUUUGAUGGAGUUAAAUAUGACAAAUAUUAAAAAUGUUUAACAUUGAUCUGCACCUUCAGGGAAGACAGGGACUUGGCGUUUGACUCCUCUUCUCUAGGAGGCUCCAUCAUAUGACUUGCAGUUUGUCCCGAUGCCCUUCAUCCUUGCCCUGGGAUGAGGCUGAGGAACGGCUGUUCCGCCCCCGCUUGAUAGACAUGGAAAUUAGAUGUGCCUGGUGGUUAGGGAGAUGCUCUGUCCUGGAUUAUCCUGACUUUCGCCUGACAUCACUAAGAAAGACAUGUUUACCGUGUUGUUUAGAAAAUACUGCAAGCUCUUUAUUAUGUCUUUCCCCCUUAAACUGUGUUUUUUCAACAAAUGAGAGAGAAGCUUAGAGGUGGAGAAGAAAGACUGAAAUGUCCACACACUACAGUCUGUUUUCUUCCUAUGUAUUCUCACCUGAAAGUAGCAAUCAGUAGGAAUAAAGUAUAUUGAAAAAAAUUAUCCCAUGCAAAACUUCUAUAAUUUAAAAAUGCCAAGUUAAUGUAAACUGGGUCCUCUGGAAACAUCAAGCUAAAACGUCUUGAUUUUUACUUGAUUCUGCCCAAAAGACUGGGAAAAGGCUGACAAAAAUGGCUCCUUUUUCCGGAGGACUCCCGACCCAGGCUUGGCUAAUCUCUUUUUCGGUCUGUGCAACUGUGGCUCUCCUUUCAUUUUGGACAUAAAGGAGGAAUAUGACACAGAGAAAGAAUGAAUCAUUGUAAAAGGCCAGCGCAACGCCUAGCCCAGGUGAGCUCUCCACUUCCUCCUUCCCAGUGAAGCUUUAGCAGCAGCCAGAGUAGAUAGUAGAGGGAAGACAGUGUCUUCAAGUGGUUAGUCCCCGGGGGGCUCUCACAAGCAUUUUGGGUCCACUCAAGGUGGCUUUCACGGGGCUGAAUUCAAACCACAGAUGACUCAAGUGCCAGCCUUGUUCUUCUCUCUAGGGCUUAUUGUUCUUGUUAACAGCACCUAAGGGAGCCCAUCCAGUGCCUUGAGCAAGCUUGAAAGGAAGUGGGCCUUCUCACCGCACACUUCCACAUCCCGAAGGCUGUGGUCCUCAAGUAUCCUUUCCUUCCCCCACACUGGCCCUUGGCCCUCAGAGGAAGCUCAGACUAUCAGGAAUCUCUUUUCCUAUCCUCUGCUGGGUGCGGUGUCUUGUAAUUCCAGAACAUGAACCCGAAGAGCCUUCUCUGCAGAGGCUGUGCCUUCCUCUGUGUGUUUUGUCUCGUCGAAGCGUUGUGUGCUCACAGCAGAAACCGGGGGCUGCCACCCCCUUUCCCUGCCCCCUCUGCCUCCCGGGCCCUGUGUGCAUGCCACCGGUAGCUUCUUGCCCUGAUAGUUACCAUGUGGUCCUUCAAGCUUAUCUUUGAAAACCUUCCCAAUUGUUACAACUUUCAUCAAGGGGAAACAUAAUCUGUCAGAAAAUUGUGUCCACUUUAGAAGAAUCUGUCAAAUGUAGCCACUUUGGUGUUGUUCUGAUAAUAUAUAUGUAUGUACAACUUAAUAAAUUCUGAUGAGGCAGAAUUUAGUAGGUAUUUCUUCUGUAUGUUUGAAGCAGAUGGUUGACUUCUAACAGGUCAUUGCCAGGUGUAUUUCUAUACUCUUUGAAGAAUUACAUUUUAAUAAAAAAAUUGAAAAGCACUUUCUGAACUCAGAAAA